UUUUUGUGUUUGUGGAGCCAGAGUUGUAAACUAAGCGCGUGCUAGAGGAAAAUCGCGGGGUUGAAAAUAAGCGUGCAGAUUUACCGAGCCGUUCAGCACUGUGAGUCGUGGAUCGCGAGAGUUUCGCUCGGCAGCGCGAGAGCAUCGCUCCUCGAGUGAGGCGAGAGAGCCCCGACGAACCGCCUUCUCUCCAUCACUGCUCCACCAUUUUGUUGAGUUUUUUCGGCCAUACCGGUAGCGUGCGGGUGCUCUGCAGCAGCGAGGCUUUUGUUUUCGCUUUGUGGAAGGGGCGUUCAGCUCUUGCCCUCGUUGGGGGCUAUCGGCCGAUAGCUUCAGAGCAGGGCACAACAGCUCGCGCCUUUUUUAACGAAAUUCACUCAAUUUCGUUUUUUUUACCUCAGACUUUUACGUUGGCCGUAUUAGUCGUUAUCCAGCGGGGGUCCUGGAUCGGGUGAAACGGGAGAAACUGGCAGUCGGCGAAGGAAAAUAAGUGAAAGCGUGGCUUGACCGGUCCAGCUAACGCAGUUAGCCUGAAGCGCCGCAGCUGCUGCAUCCCAUUGUUUUGUUUUGGCACCGGCUUUAUUCUCCCGUCACUCCCCGAUCUCGGAUCCCGCGCUCCCGCGAAUCGUCGGCGCCUCUUGAUUGGAGCACUUUUAACGCUUUUAAUCGUAUUUGUUUUGCAGCUGAAUCCGUUUUAGUUCGAUAUUAAACAUGUGCUCCCGGGUGUGGUUUGUGACCGAUCGGCGCAUCAGCCAGGAGUAUCCUCAAGUUCAGAUCCUGCGGGCUCUGAAGGAGCGAUGUGCGGAGGACGACGUUGAGUUCCGUUAUCUGUUAAUGGAUGAGAUUGUCAUAACGAUCACCAAUGGACAGCUAGGGAUCCGGGUGGGGCAGGAGGUGGUGACGUCAUACCCGCAGGUAGCUGUGGUGCGUGUUCCUACUCCGUGGGUGCAGUCCGACAGUGACAUCACAGUUCUGAGGCACCUGGAGAAGAUGGGAUGCCGCCUGGUCAACCGGCCCCAGGCCAUCCUUAACUGCGUCAACAAGUUCUGGACCUUCCAGGAGCUGGCUGGACAUGGAGUCCCACUGCCUGAUACUUAUUCCUACGGUGGCCAUGACAACUUCCGUAAGAUGAUCGAUGAGGCAGAGCCAUUGGGUUACCCCGUUGUGGUGAAAAAUGCUCGCGGACACAGAGGUAAGGCGGUGUUCCUGGCGCGGGACAAGCAUCACCUGGCCGACCUUUGUCACCUGAUUCGGCAUGAGGCGCCGUACCUGUUCCAGGAGUAUGUGAAGGAGAGCCAUGGGCGGGAUGUGCGUGUGGUGUUGGUAGGCGGCAGGGUCAUUGGGUCCAUGCUGCGCUGCUCCACGGACGGACGCAUGCAAAGCAACUGCUCCCUCGGUGGUGUGGGCAUGAUGUGUCCUCUGAGUGAACAGGGCAAGCAGCUAGCUGUGCAAGUGUCCAACAUCCUGGGCAUGGAUGUGUGCGGGAUCGACCUGCUGCAGCUCAAUGAUGGCUCCUUUGUGGUGUGUGAGGCCAACGCCAACGUGGGGUUCAUUGCCUUCGACCAGGCCUGUGGGAUGGAUGUGGCUGGCAUUGUGGCAGACUACGCCCUGUCGCUCCUCCCCAGUCGCCUCAACCGCAAGAUGUCGUUGCUGUCCGUGGUGUCCAGUGCCAGCGAGACCAGCAGUGAGCCUGAGGUGUGCAUCCCCACCGAAGUGUGUAUCCCACCGGAGGUGUGCCCACCUGUCGCUACUUGUGCCAUCCCUGACGCCGUCAGCACCAUGAGUACAAGCUCCACCUCCAGUGAGAGUGAGGCGGAGCUAACCGAAAUAGGCCACGCCCCAAGUGCAGCUGAUCCUGCCUACAACAUCAACUCCCUCCUCGCGAAGGAAAUUAAACUGUUGACUGAGUGAGCUGAAAAAACAGCCACUACAUGCACACACAAACACACAUACACUGAAAAAUACACAUACAUACAGUGGUCAAAUACAAACACACACACGUCAUACUAACCCACUGUGUAAACCCAUGCUGGUCUGAGGCUGCUCCCCUGAUGUUCCACUGACAAAGACUGCAAAUGUGUAGUGGUUUGUGUGUGGAAGUGCACUUGGUGAAGGGUACACUAGCCAAGCUUUCGUGCACUAGCUGAAGUGUAUAUUCCAACCAAGCUUUAGCGCGCUACCUGAGUGAGUGGUUGCCACUGUAGAUCAGGGUGCAAUGUACUGGAGAGUGUUUUUUCUUGAAGAUUUUUUCAAUAGUCAACACAUCAGUUAUCACCAAAUUAACCAAAUUAAACCAAAUUAAAAAGGCAGAGCUCGUUAGACGCACACUGUCCCAAACAGGUAUAGUGAGGGAGAAUGAAAUCGGUCCAUCAUUAACCCCAUUGCAAGGCUUGCCGAACAUGCUGUGGAGUGUGUUGCAUUGCUUUUAGCGUGGAGAGAGACAAAACCCUUUAUCAUCUGGUUAAACGAGUGCCCUCCCAUGUGCCCUGCCAAUGGGUGACUACACCCUCAGAAAAACCACACAGACACAAGCAUUAACACAUACAGAGAAAGACUGGAACAGCUGUACAUAUUCUCUUCCAAUUACAGUGGACUCACCUACAUCUGUACAGAGCAAGAAUUUGUUUACCAUGUUUUUAGCUUCAGUGGUUGUCUGUAUUUAAUAAAACUCUUUAUCACAAGCACAAAGACCUGUCACUCUGCCACUUUGGCUGAGGUGUUUUACUUGGUUACUGAGAUUUUAGUGGGUAGAGGUAGAAGAAGGAGCUGGUCUUGUGUCAGAACUUAGAGACCUCAACCUUUUGAUAGUGAAUCUCUUGUUUAGUUUUUACUCAGUUAACUCAUUUCACAGGUUUUAAAAUGUCAGACUUUGUACCCAUCCUGUACAAACUGAUUACAGAUGAAUUCACAUGACUGGAGGACUGAACUAGAGAUGGCACGAUACCACUUUAUUUUCUGAUACUGAUGUUGAAACUGUAUCUUCUGAUACCGAUUCACAAUUUUUUUUUUUCCCUUUAAAAACUACUAAGACUUAAGAGUAUCUAAAAGUAGGCCAUCAUUCUCAAACUACUCAAACACUACUACUUAACAGGAAGAAAUAUACCACAACAUUACAUCACACAAUGUGAGCGUGUGCCACUUCAGAUUUGUUAUAGGUUUGGAUCAGGUUCAUUCCCUCCCCCCUCCCUCUAAUACUGGAUUAGUUUUCAACUGAUAUCAGCCUGAUACCUGGUAUUGGUUCGGUGCCAUCUCUACUUUGGCCAUAUUCCAAUA